AUGUCAGAUACUUUAGCGAUUCUAAAUCCACUUGGUGUGAAUGUUUCUGCAGCUUUGAAAGAAGCUAUUGAUGAUCUGGAAUGGCCCGGAUCAAGUAUCAAACUAACAUUACAACCAACUCCUCCUUCGGUUGCGUUCAGAAGUGAAGGCCAUGGUGAUCUACAGAUAGACUUUAUGUAUUAUGCAAAUACUGAUCUUUUAGCAGCUUUGAGCUGUGAUCGUGAAGUGUCUCAUCGGUAUAAAUAUAAAUUCUUACAGGCAACAACUUCUAAUAUACCAAGUAGUGUCGUCAAAGAUAACCGCGGCAGCAAGGUUACGGUUGGGAGAGGCGGAAUAUUGAAAGUUCAGCAUCUGGUCUCCGUUGCAAGGCAAUCACACUCACACUUGAUGGAGCUAAUGAAGAAGAGGAAUUAUAUCAAAGUUGAAGUUCUUUGUUGA